CGGUCCUCAGGUAUAUCAAGUCCCAUUCCUUUCAUCGAUGUAGCCAAUCCAACGCUGGCCCGUGAUAGGUCUCAUUUGAGAGCUGUCCACGAGAGUCUCGAAGCCAAAGGGGUCCUAAAACUGCAACUGGGCUUUGCCGACGAUGACAGCCUCUAUUUGCGGGAUCUCAUCUUGAAUCUUCAUCAAAAUCACCAUCAUGGACUUCCAAUAACCCAUAGUGCUGAGCGUGGCUGGUUUUGGGACGUGCGGCCUUCGAAAACUUUCCAAAGCAAUAAUCACCAAGCCCGAUCAGAGACAAUGCACCGGUUUGACUGGCACACCGACUGCAGCUACGAAGAGAACCCGCCGCAAUAUUUUGCGCUCCAGGUUAUCCAACCAGAUCGCAGUGGCGGUGGGACGCUCUCAGUGCUGAAUGCUGACCGGCUGCUUGGACUACUGUCCCCUUUUGCGCGAAAUUGCCUCUCCAGCCCAAACUAUCAAAUCCACGUUCCUCCCGAGUUUAUAAAGAACCCUGAAGAGAGUUCAAUUAUUGGAAGCUUGCUAGCAGCAAAAUCAAGUUCUCAAACUGGUAGUAAAUUGCGUUUUCGGGAGGAUAUCACAGUUCCACUGACCGGAGAUGCGUCUCGAGCCUUGGACGAACUGAAGUCUACUCUGUUCAGUGAAGAGGCCCAAGAACAGGUUCUUCAUUUGACUUCCGAGACACUACAUCGUGGCUCGAUUAUUAUGAUGGAUAACAGACGGUGGCUGCAUGCGCGAAAUGAGAUUCGAGACCCUAAUCGCCAUCUUCGGAGAGUCCGGUGGAAUGCGACACGCCUGAAGAAGUGGAACUCUUCUUGGCCGGCUGGCGCCUUGGAUUCAAUUUCCCCCCAUCCUGUGCUGGUCACCGGCCGUCACCAACAGCUGCUAAGCGAGUUGAGCCAGGCCCUUGAUUUAGCACUUCAAGACAUCAUUGACCGAUGGUUCACCGAUGAACAGGCCCGAUUUCCUCAACGUAUGCCAUUAGAACCAGAAGAGGAAGAAUUAUUACGCUGGAUAAAUGGCAAUCAACACCUAUAUCGUUCCUUUGGUGAACGAAAGGGGUCUUGGAGGCCGGACUUCCUAGUGGAACAAGAUGAAACCGGUGCAGAGAACUUUCGAAUCUGUGAAAUUAACGCCAGGUUUUGCUGGAAUGGCUUUAUGUUUGUUGCGCUUGGCCAGAAAGCACUUUCGACAUUCGAUGUUGAACAACGAGAGAUGGUGCACGCAACAAAUGCUGACGCGGUCUUGAACGGGUUGCUGGGACUCUUUGAUACAAAUUUGCCUUUGCAUCUAGUCAAAGGGGUAGAACACGGAAUUGAUAUCCACAUGUUCAUCGAGUUUGCCAAGGAAAGACUUGGUCUGGAACUACGACUCAUAGAUCCGAAUGAUCUCCGUCUCGUUCCGGAUCCCGCUGGGUUAAACGGAUAUAAACUUUGUUGUCUUGCUCAAACUGAGGGCGUUGACAGCUUUUUGAACGAGUCUGGAGAACUUGUUGAAGACGUUCAUCAGCUUUGCCUUGAGCUUCACCAGCGGGAGUUCCGUAUUCUGGAGCCAGAGAUGCAACGGCAAGUCAGUCUGCGAUGCUUCAACGAUAUACGGACCAUUUUACUUGCACAUGACAAGAGAAUGCUUGGUAUUAUUCGUGAAGAGCUCGAAUCUUUGACAUCACGAGGGGUCAUUUCUAUUGAUCAGGCACGUCGCCUAGAUCAAGGCAUAACACCUACAAUUUUGCCAGGCUCCACAAAGCUUGCUGCCUUUUUGAAAAGUUGUCAAGUUUCAGGAACUCUAAAAGACGACUAUAUCCUGAAGCCCAUAAGAGGAGGUAAGGGCAGCGGAAUCUUGUUCGGCGACGAACUCAGCAACUCCGACUGGCUGGCUACACUUGAACUCAUGCGAUCUACGAAAACAAACCAAAAGGACGCCACGUAUGUUGUACAGCGCAAAAUUUGUCAGCGAUAUUAUGAUGUCUUUUUGGGCCCAGAAGCUACUCCAGGUCGUUGCCAUAUGGUUGGAACAUUCCAUGUCAUUGGUGGAGAAUUCAUGGGACUUGGAAUCUGGAGAUGUGGCCCGGACAGGUUGUGUGCUAUAUCCACCGGGGCGUAUUGGAUGGUUUCAGUAAUGAGGCAACCGUAA